CGCAGCUCUUUUACUCUCAGCUCCGACACAAAACACACAAGUCUCUCGUGUUGGCUGGCAGGCUACGGAAGACAACUGAACACUACCGGCACCGAGAGAUUUAUAUUAUAUACGUCCAACUGUAUCAAACCGAACAGUCUUUCUCUGUGAACACACAUCUCUACAGCGGUAACGGUACUUGCUUAGUUGCACUUCAUCUCUCCUCUGGUUUCAGAGAGAGAGUUCAAGUCGUGGCGCUCACAGAAUAAAUCUCCGUUAAAGGGAAAUAACGGGACUCGGUUUUGGGUUGAAAUGUACGGUUAGUAUAUCACUGUCUUUUGAGGAGGAGGGGGUGUUAAAACACGCUGUAGUUUCUCCUCAAGAGGCGAGGAAUGCAAUCUGAGCAUCAAUGUUUCACUGGGGCAAGUGGAAGAAGAGGAUGGGAGCCAAUAGUUCAUCUAAGAGACCCGUGUUCGACGAGAAGGAGGAUGUGAACUUUGACCACUUCCAGAUAUUGCGGGCCAUUGGGAAAGGGAGCUUCGGAAAGGUAUGCAUUGUGCAAAAGAGGGACACGGAGAAGAUGUACGCCAUGAAGUACAUGAACAAGCAGCAGUGCAUAGAGAGAGAUGAGGUCCGAAACGUCUUUAGAGAGCUUGAGAUCCUACAGGAAAUUGAACAUGUUUUUUUAGUAAAUCUCUGGUACUCGUUCCAGGACGAGGAGGACAUGUUCAUGGUGGUGGACCUCCUGCUUGGAGGAGAUCUGCGCUACCACCUGCAGCAGAACGUCCAGUUCAGCGAGGACGCUGUCAAACUCUACCUCUGUGAGAUGACACUGGCGCUCGACUACCUGAAGAACCAGCACAUCAUUCAUAGAGAUGUCAAGCCAGACAAUAUCCUGUUGGAUGAGCAAGGUCACGCUCACCUGACGGACUUCAACAUAGCAACGAUAAUAAAGGACGGCGAGAGAGCCACAGCCUUAGCUGGAACCAAGCCCUACAUGGCCCCAGAGAUCUUCCACUCUUUUGUGAGUGGGGGGACGGGCUACACCUUUGAUGUAGACUGGUGGUCACUAGGGGUGACCAUCUUCGAAGUGCUGCGUGGAUGGAGGCCCUAUGACAUCCAUGCAAGUAACUCUGUGGAGUCCCUGAUUCAGCUCUUCAGUACAGUCAGUGUCCAGUACAGCCCGGCCUGGCCCAAGGACCUGGUUUCCCUCUUGAGGAAGCUACUGACAGUGAACCCAGAGCAUCGUUACUCAAGCCUGUCUGACAUGCAGACAUCUCCCUACCUCGCUGACGUCAACUGGGACGCCGUGAACGAGAAGAAGAUGGAGGCCGGAUUUGUUCCUAAUAAAGGCCGCCUCCACUGCGACCCGACCUUUGAGCUGGAAGAGAUGAUCUUGGAGUCGCGCCCCCUCCACAAGAAGAAGAAGAGGCUGGCCAAGAACCGGUCUCGAGACAACAGCAAGGAUUCACAGUCUGAGAAUGACUACCUACAGGAGUGCCUUGACGUGGUGCAGCAAGAGUUCAUGAUCUUCAACCGGGAGAAGAUGAACAGGCGUCAGGAGGAGGGUCAGGAGGAGGCCGGGGGCGAUGACGCCAGCGGAGACGGCGACGGAGAGGCCGAGGCCGGGGCCACCGACGAAGAUGCGCCCGAGCCAGAACCCGAACCCGAGCCGGAGCCCGAGUCCUCCUCCAAACUGAGCAUGUGCGGCUCGGUGUGCUCCUCGCCCGGCAGCUGCUAGCGCCGCUAUCGCCUCACAGUGACGAUCGCAGGUCUCUCUGGCCGCUGCAAUGUUUGUGCCAUGCCAAUAGAUACAUUCUCACCUCUCUCCUCUGUUGUAGCCAGGAGCGGAGGAAACAGACGCACAGCAGGGGCGACUGACGCACAGCAGGACCCCAAAAUGGCUCCCACCAUUUUUCCCUCCUUUUUUUUUUGUUCUGUAGCAUCCUUCCGGUAGGGCAUGAGCGAAGCAGAUCUCCAGAGAGCCCCCCGCCUACUGUACCCAUCCGCCCUAGAGUAAGCUAACUAACUAUGCAAUGUUACAGUAUAGCAUGACAAAUAAGGUAUCACUUACUAGGAGGUGUUGUUCACGAGCAGAAAGCCCCACGAGCAUGAUGACAUCUCGGGCAAUAGCAGUCCAACGGUUUUUGGGGGGUUUUUGGUGGAGACGCCUCCCCUCUCAGCCUUCCUGUUCAAAAAUCUGAUGGGGACGACUGAAUUAUUCAGCACACGCAGGCACUCAGUUUAUGUUAUUGCCUGUGUCUUCAGUUCACUCCCCCCCCCCCCCCCCCCCCCUCCAGCCUUUUUCAUGUAAUGUGUGCCCUAAUUCAGAACAAUUGUUUCUCCCGGAGCACCUUCCUCGUGUUGCAACACCUCUCCGAAACACAUUUACAGUAAAGUGUGCAUGGCUGUUUUCAGUCGGCCGAGAAAGCGUGGCUGGUUUCAUGUUGUAAACCUGUUUAAAGUGGUGCCUGUUAAUGAUAAUCAGUAUUCGUUAAUCACAUUGGAUGCAUUAAUCGGUCAGUUUCCUCUUUAAGUAUUCUUUUUCUGAGCUUUGUUUUAGGACGAUAAGGUACUGUAAUCUAUGGGGGAAUCAGUACAGCAAUCAGACUGAAAGAUUUUGCUUGUCACUGUGUCUAUAAUGGUUACCAAGAUGUAGUAUUUUAGCCCUACGCCAUGCUCAGAAACUGCUCUGGGGAGACUGUAAAUGCCAAUCACAUCUUUUAAGAAUCUAUUAGAAAGCUCUGUUUACUCCACUAGACGCCAUCAUCUCUUUAAGUGCUUCGUUAGUAUAAAGAUCAUCUCCCUGUAGAGCUUGUUUCAGGGCUGUACUUAAAUGUGUAGCUGUUGGUACUUCAAAUUGUAUACACGAGUUAGUCUAUUACUGUCAUAGUGAUAGUGGUACAUUUAAGGUGGCGCCCAUUAAUCUCAGUGUGAACACCUGGGAACAUGUAGCAACGGUUCACCUUAAAACCCUAAGGCCUAAUAACAUGAAAACCAUGUAAAUAGCAUUACAGUAUAGGUAAUUAAUCUCACCACAGUUUUAUGUGGGACUGCGAACUCGACAUAUAAACUAUAAAGGAAGAGCUGCGUGAAGCUUCGUACUGCUUCGUUCUGCUCUUCUUUCCAAGUGUGCAGGCACAACUUGUAGGCAAAAUAUGCCAAAGCUUUUCUACCAUUUGCAUAACCAUUUCUAAGGAGCUGUGAGUGUGUGAGUGUGAGUCUCUGUUUUUCCCUGUAUAACAUAAAGUCAGUGUUCCUUCUGCAAGUGAAAACCAUUUAUACGAUCAUAUUGUGAUUAUGUAUAAAGUAUCUAUUUCAGGUAAGGGGGGGACCUUAAAGUAAUAGACAUUUUGGGAAACACGCCCAGCGUUGCCAGAUGUACGAUAAUUAUCGUAUAUGUACGAUGUACGAUCGAUAACGCCCAAAAGUGCCAUAAUGUACGAUCAUUUAAAGGCCCCAUAUUGUAAAAAGUGAGAUUUUCAGGUCUUUUAUAUUAUAAAGCAGGUUUAAGUGCUAAAUAAAUACUGUUAAACUAUCAAAACGCUCAAUAUACGGAGAAAUACACAC